UGUGUGAGAGUGUGUGAGAGUGUGUGAGAGAGUGUGUGUGAGAGAGAGUGUGUGAGAGAGAGUGUGUGUGAGAGAGAGAGUGUGUGAGAGAGAGAGUGUGUGUGUGUGAGAGAGAGUGUGUGAUGUUCAGUGUGAAGGCGGGUUAAAGUCUAGUUUAUAAUGCGGUAAACUGGGUUAGGGCUUUGUCGUUAAAUAGUACAACAUAGGAAACAAUGGCUUCACAGGUCAGAGAGGAGGACAGUGAUGAUGGUAUGGACGAGUUUAUGGAGAAAUUUAAGACCCAUAAAUACAAAAAUGCGUUCAGUGAAAACAACUGGGAGGAGGAGUUUGAUAAAGUCCCCAUGUUCAUGAAGUCAGCUCCAGAAGACAUAGACCCUGUUAAACACCCUGACCUUGCCUGUCUUCAGUCCAUUAUACAUGAUGAUGACCGACCACCUGAGGAGCAAGCAAAGUGUCUAAAGGACGAGGGCAAUGAGUACUUUAAGGAAAAGAACUAUAAGAAAGCCAUAGUGUCCUAUACAGCGGGCCUGAAAAAGAACUCUGCCGAUUCAGACCUAAACGCUAUCCUUUAUACUAAUCGUGCUGCAGCCCACUUUCAUCUAGGAAAUAUGCGAUCAGCUUUGAAUGAUGCAACCGCUGCACGGAAACUGAAACCCGGCCACAUUAAAGCCGUCAUCAGAGGAGCCCAGUGCUGUAUGGAGCUGUGUAAUUAUGCAGAUGCAUUGCAGUGGUGUGAUGAAGGCCUCAGGGUCCAGCCUACUGAUAAGAAACUCCUAGAGCUCAGAGCCACUGCAGAUAAACAGAAGAGGGCAGCAGAGCGAGAUGCCAGAAAGGCUAAAGCUAAAGCGAGAAAGCAGCAGAACGAGCGAGGAGCACUGUUGGCUGCUAUUAAGGAGCGUGGAAUUAGGCUUCUAAAAGCUGAGAAGGGUGACCACAGGGGCUCUGACAGUGAGGAGGAGGAUGCUGACCAUGGAUCCACUUCAGCUAUGGCAGAGUUGAGUCUGGAUGGACUGAGCUCUCAGGAAGCCACUGGAGCACAGGUGUACCUGGAUGAGCAGGGCGCCCUCCACUGGCCUGUGCUGUUCCUUUACCCUGAGCACAGACAGACCGACUUUAUAUCAGCCUUCUGUGAAAACUCCAGCUUUAUAGAUCACCUAGUGCUCAUGUUUGGAGAGGAACUUCCACCAUGGGACACAGAUAAAAAAUAUCAGCCGACAAAUCUUAAGCUGUUCUUUGAAGACCACAAGAAUGGGCACCUUUAUGAAGUGGCUCUAGAGACAUCUCUACUAGACGUCCUACAAUCUCCAGGGUGCAGUGUAAAGGCAGGAACUCCAAGCUUCAUCAUAAUGGUUAAAGGAUCGCUAUUUUGUAAACAGUUUCUAUCAGGAAAGAAAGUCCAUAGGCUGGAAUGAAAGAUGGUGAAAGGACACUGUGUUUUGGCCACUGAUGAAACCUCAUGUCCUAAAUAAUUGACUGCUGAUGGGUGAGAUGACUUUUGCCAAAAGUCAAAUUUAUUUUAAUAAUCAGUAUUUCUGAAUUCACCCAAAGCACAAUUUUAAUGCACAGAGACACCUACAGGGAAACCAACAAGGAAAUAUAAACAUGAAAUCCUAAAUGAAUACUAAAUGGAGCCACAUGUAAUGAAAACUCUGCCUCCUUGUAUUAGACUCUGUCUCCUUUAUUAUGUAAAGAACUAAAUCCUAAAAUAAAUAAGUCUUUCCCCAAAA